AUGGAACAUUCUGAUAACAUUAUUAAUGAAAUUGUCGCGUUGAAGAACAAAUUCAAUUCAGAUGAGCAAACUGCAAUCCUCAAAGAAAUUGCUCAAAAUGUUCGUAAGUUUGAAGAAAUUACUAAUCAAAAAAGCGAAAAACUUAGGAAUGAAUUAAGGACGUUGAAUAGAAAAUUAACGACCAUUCAAGCCAGUACAAAGAAAACAAUUGAACAAAAUGAGGCUGGCUUUAACGACCUUAUGGUCAAAUAUGAACGUGAAAAAUUUGAUUUGGAUGAAUCAAUCACUCAAUUAGACGCGGAAGAAAAAUAUCCUUUGGAACUAGAGGAAUUAGAAAAUAUGAAUAUCGAAGACGAGACAUUACCAAAAGAUGAUAUUACUUCGCUUCAACUUCAUGUAUAUCGCAAAUUGGGCAUUCAGUUUAUUGAAGACGAGGAAACUCACGAAUUAAAGGCAAGGAUAGAAUCUCCUGAUAAUAACGACAUUCAUACUUUAGUUAUCGACGAUAGGCAUUCACAGUAUUUCAUGACCAAUCAUUUGUGGGAAUUAUCCACUGGUUCAUAA